UUAGAGUAUAAAUUCACUUAUUUUGUUUCGUAUGUGGUCUUUUAGUGAAAUCUUUAAAAGGUCUUAUAUUUUGAAAACGGAAAGAGUACUACUUUACAAUACAAUUCCACGGCGCCGUUUCGGUGUCCUUUUAAUUGCGCGCGUUCAAACGCUCGUUCAUUCAGAAGAAACAGAAACGCAUACCAUUCCACGGCACGGCGAGAUUUGCCCGCGGUCGGUAGAGGGAAGACGACAUCCGCCGCAGAAUCGUGAAGAUUUAAGGUGCUGCAACGACCAACGAGCUCGCGUUAGUCAGCCGCUCAGAAUCACGGAACCACACCAAAAUUCCUAGCCCGGCCAUGGACUCAUCAUCUCCUUCGAGAACACUAAUGGCCUCUCUCGUCAUACUCAUGGCGCUCGUCUCGCCCAACGCCGCCGCGCCGCCAACCCUCGGGGUCGGAGAGCAAGCGGGAGCGCUCCUGGCCUGGAGAGCCACCCUCGGCGGCCAAGGCCAGCGCGCCCUGCGAUCCUGGGGAAACACGUCGGCGCUCUGCAGCUGGCGCGGCGUCAGGUGCGGCACGCGGGGCCGGCCGGCGGUCACCGGCAUCCACCUGCGCGGGGCGCGGCUCGCAGGUACGCUCGGGCCCCUCGACCUCGCGGCCCUGAGGGGCCUGACGAGCCUCGACCUCUCGCGCAACAGGCUCGCCGGGACCAUUCCUCCGAGCAUCGCGGCCCUCGGGGAGCUCCAUGCCCUGCUCCUGCAAGGCAACCAGAUAAGCGGCUCCAUCCCACCUUCUCUAGCAAACCUCGCGAGGCUGCGCCUCCUGAUGCUCCAUGACAACCGAAUCUCCGGCGAAAUACCGGGGCGGAUAGGAGAAAUGGGUAGCCUCGUCAGCCUGGACUUGUCAGGCAAUCGGCUGUUUGGUACCAUCCCUUGUGAAAUAGGCCACCUAAAUCACCUGGUCAGGUUGGAUUUGUCUCGCAAUAAGCUGUCAGGCCCAGUUUCCUUCUGUCCAGCUAACUCCACACUAAAUCUAUUAGUAAAUCUGAACAGUCUAUCAUUGUCCCGGAAUAACUUGGCAGGUCCCAUUCCCAAAGAUAUUGUGAAUUUGUUCAGCCUCCAACGCCUAGACAUAAGCCAAAACAUUUUUUCAGGCUCGAUUCCGAGCGGUAUAGAUGGGCUCAACAAACUCACAUUCCUGCAUCUUUCAGAUAAUCGGCUUUCGGGACCAAUUCCUAGGGAAAUCGGAAAAUUAACGAGGCUUAAGCAGCUUAACCUUAGUGCAAACCACCUUGAAGGCUAUAUUCCAACUAGUAUAGGAAACCUAACACAGUUAACAACUCUAAAUCUUUCGUCUAAUGAGUUCGCCGGGCCCAUCCCCAAAGAAAUAAGGAAUUUAGUGAACUUGGAGCGUUUGGGACUAGAACAGAACAAACUUACAGGGUCCAUUCCAAACAAUUUGGGGAAUUUGACAAAACUCACCACUUUGGACCUUCACGAUAACCAACUUUCUGGAAACAUCCCUCGAGAGCUAGGAUAUUUAGUGAACUUGGAGGAAUUGAACAUUUACAACAACACACUAACCGGCUCUAUCCCAAAUAGCAUAGGGAACUUGACUAAGCUCACUACUCUAUACCUUUGUUAUAACCAAUUAUCUGGGUCCAUUCCACAAGAAAUCGGAAACUUAAGAAAUCUUGUUUGGUUGACGCUAAGUUCUAACAAACUCUCCGGUCCCUUGCCAUCCGGCCUUUGUUCGGGAGUCCGGCUACAAAAUUUCACCGCUUAUAACAACAUGUUGGUCGGACCCUUGCCAACAAGCUUGCUAAGAUGCACAAGCCUGGUCAGACUUCGUCUUGAACGAAAUCAGCUCCAAGGAGAUAUUUCUGAGAUGGGGUUUUAUCCGAAUCUUGUCUACAUAGAUAUCAGCUCAAACAAACUAUUUGGUCAGCUAUCUCAUCGCUGGGGCGAGUGCCACGGGCUUUCCAUGUUGCGUGCCUCAGAAAAUGGUAUCACUGGAGUCAUACCACCAAGCAUAGGGAAAUUGUCUCAGCUGAGGAUACUUGAUGUUUCAUCAAAUAAACUCGAAGGACAUAUUCCUCCAGAAAUUGGCAACAUAAUGACAUUGUUCAAUUUGAGCCUCGGGAACAACUUGCUCAAGGGAAGUAUACCGCAGGAAAUUGCAUCUCUAAAAAAUCUGGAGUAUUUGGAUUUAUCUUCGAACAACCUAAGCGGGCAGUUAGGAGGAUCAGUUGGGCAGUGCUUAAAGCUUCGCCUUCUGAAUUUGAGCCAUAAUCAACUCAAUGGUAGCAUUCCUAUGGAACUAGGGAUGUUGGUAAACCUACAAGGAUUGUUAGAUUUGAGUGGCAAUUCAUUUAGUAGCAUGAUACCAACUCAGUUGGGUGAUCUUAGCAUGCUUGAAGCCUUGAAUCUUUCACAUAAUGCAUUAAGCGGCAGAAUUCCGCCAUCAUUUCAACGCAUGAACAGCCUCUUAUACAUGGACGUGUCUUAUAACAAACUGGAAGGGCCAGUGCCACAAAGCAGGCUCUUCGAAGAAGCUCCAACCGAGUGGUUCAUGCAUAAUGCACAUUUAUGCGGUGAUGUGAAAAGUCUGCCCCCUUGUGAUCACACUCCAAGUUAUCGAAAAGGACGGAAGACUAGAGCUAUUUUACUAGCUACAAUACCUGCCACUGUGACUUUUAUGUUCAUUACUGCAGUAGCCAUAUGGCAAUGUAAAAGGAAGAAAUCCAAGGCUGAAAGCGGAAAGAGACUGGAACAGGUCAAGAUGUUCGCCAUCUGGAACUUUGACGGGGAAGAUGUGUACAAGCAAAUUAUUGAGGCCACAAAAAGAUUCAGCGAUGCUCACUGCAUUGGAACUGGAGGGAGUGGAUCUGUCUAUAGAGCCCAGUUACCAACAGGUGAAAUAUUUGCAGUAAAGAAGAUUCAUACGAUGGAAGAUGACAAGCUAUUCCAUCGUGAAAUCGAUGCUUUGAUUCAUAUUCGGCAUCGCAACAUUGUGAAGUUAUUUGGCUACUGCUCUGCUGCUCAUCAGAGAUUUCUUGUGUAUGAAUAUAUGGAUAGGGGAAGCUUAGCAAAAUCUUUGCAGAGCAAGGAAACUGCAAUUGAAUUGGAUUGGACAAGAAGAUUAAAUAUCACUAAGGAUGUUGCAAAUGCUCUGUCCUACAUGCAUCAUGAUUGCUUCGCACCGAUAGUCCAUAGAGAUAUAACUAGCAGCAACAUUCUGCUUGAUAUGGAUUUCAGUGCCUGUAUAUCAGAUUUUGGUCUAGCAAAAGUACUAGAUGGAGAUGCAUCAAACUGUACAAGGCUUGCUGGUACGAACGGAUAUCUUGCACCAGAGCUUGCAUACUCAACAAGGGUGACAGAGAAGUGUGAUGUCUAUAGCUUUGGAGUGCUUGUGCUCGAGUUGUUCAUGGGACAUCAUCCAGGUGAUUUUCUUUCUUCCAUGGCCAACAAAAGUACACCACUUGAGGAUCUGUUGGACAUCCGGCUCCCAUUCCCUGAAACUGAGAUCACAAGUGAAAUAUUCAAAGUGAUCGCCUUUGCUGUUUGUUGCAUAGAACCAAAUCCAUCACACCGUCCAACGAUGCAACAAGCAAUAAAGGUGUUCUCAACAACUGAAAGACCUGAUGAACAGCUUGAUUAUCUGCAAAUUCACAUUGUAAUCCCUUCCACCUGGUCGUGA